AUGAAUAAAGAUUGGGUUCAUUGGCCAAGGGGUGAUCUUCCAUAUCAGGAGGCCUUGAAGAAUUUCAUAGAUACCGUUUGUCAGAGACUUGGAAAUCCUUCUGAAUUCAGUUGUCCUUGUGUUGAUUGUAAGAAUCUCACUUUCCCACUUCCUCCGAAAGAAGUGCAUCUUCACUUGCUGAAACGAGGUUGGGAUCCUACAUACACUGAGUGGGUUUUUCACGGGGAGACUAUGCACACUUCUACUGAUGUACACCAAGAGGGAGCAACAAGGGGAUCAUAUCAUAUAGAUGCUGCUGUUGAAGCUGAUGCACAUAUCGAUCAGGGACAUGAACCUGUGCAAGAUGAGGGUUUGGAAAACCAUGUGGAAGAGGCGGACCCACCGUUAUAUCCUAAUUGUAAAACACACACAAAGUUAUCCAUCACUGUUGAAUUGUAUAGGCACAAGACAGUAAAUGGUUUAUCUAGGAAAUCUUUUGACGAACUUCUCAAGACAAUCGGUUCCUUGUUGCCGCCAGAUCAUUGUCUUCCUUGCUCAACAUAUGAAGUGAAAAAGCUCCUGAAAUCUUAUCAAUUGACUUACCAGAAAAUACAUGCUUGUAUUAAUGAUUGUUGUUUGUUUAGAAAAGAUUUGAAAGAUGCAGACGAGUGUCCUAAAUGUCAUUAUUCUAGGUGGAAGGCAGACACAUCUAACAUGGACGAUGCUGAAAUGAUAGACAAGCCGCAAAAGAAGAUACCGGUGAAGGUGCUUAGGUACUUCCCCAUUGUGCCGAGAUUGAGAAGAUUGUUUCAAUCAGCAGCACUGGCUGAGCAGUUGAUAUGGCACGCGACGAACAAGAGUAAGGAUGGGAAGAUGCGUCAUCCAACAGAUUCUUUGGCUUGGAAGCACAUAGACACAAAGUAUCCCGAGUUUGCUUCAGAUCCCCGUAAUUUGCGUCUUGGGCUUGCUGCUGAUGGAUUUAAUCCAUUUGGUGAUCUUUCCGCAGCCCACAGUUGUUGGCCAGUGAUGCUCGUGGUUUAUAAUUUGCCCCCUCAAUUGUGUAUGCAAGGUGACAACAUAAUUCUGAGCAUGCUGAUUCCAGGAAAAAAACAACCGGGUAAUGACAUUGAUGUAUACUUGCAGCCCUUGAUUGAUGAUCUUUUUGAGUUGUGGGAGAAAGGGGUGCAGGUAUAUGAUUCGUUUACUAAAACAGAUUUUAACUUGAAGGCGUUAUUAAUGUGGACAAUAAACGAUUUCCCUGCAUAUGGUAAUUUAUCUGGAUGUACGUAUAAAGGGAAGGCAGCCUGUCCUCUUUGCGGUGAAAAUACACUUUCAAACUGGUUGGCAUUUAGUCGUAAAACUGUCUACUUGAAUCAUAGGAGAUUUCUUCGUCAUAAUCAUCCUCUUCGGCAGAAAAAAGACUGGUUUAAUGGAGAGAUUGAGAGGAAGGAAAAGCCACCUGUUAUGUCUGGUGCUGCGGCACUUGAAUGUCAGAAUAGUAUUACAAAUGAUUUUGGGAAAGCGGAGAAGAACGAGGAGGAGAUAAGGAAAAAGAAAGAGCAAAAGAAGAAGAAUAAGGGCAAGAGUAGUGCGGCAGCAAGUGCAAAUGUGGGUAAUUCUAAAUGUGGGAAGAGGAAAAGGGAUGUUGUUGCUGAUGCGGCUAUUUCUGGUGCAAAUGAUGAUGAAACUGAACUUCGGGUGUUUAACAAACGGUCAAUAUUCUUCGACUUGCCUUACUGGAAGGAUUUAUUACUACGGCACAAUAUUGAUGUUAUGCAUACAGAAAAAAAUGUUUGCGAGAGUAUUAUUGGUACCAUAUUGAAUAUAAAGUCCAAAACAAAAGACGGUCUAAAGUCCCGCAAUGAUCUGAAGAGUAUGGGAAUAAGACCAGAAUUACAUCCAGUAGAGAUAAAUGGAAAAACGAUCCUUCCACCAGCACCAUACUGUUUAAAUGACAAGGAAAAGGCUAUAUUGUAUAAUAGGAUGAGAAAUUUAAAGGUUCCAUAUGGUUUUAGUUCUGAUCUUAGAAAGCAUUUCUCAAAAGAUGGUUGCUUAGGUGUUCUUAAGGCUCAUGAUUACCAUGUUCUUAUGCAACAAAUAUUACCCGUUGCUUUGCAAGGACUUUUACCUGUAGGGCCAAGGGAGGCAAUUUUCAGGUUAUGUUCUUAUUUUCACGAAAUAUGCCAAAGGGCAGUUGAUCUCCAUAGAUUAAUAGAACUUGAAGUAGAAGUUGCUGAGACUUUGUGUAUGUUUGAGAGGUACUUCCCUCCGUCACUUUUUGAUGUCAUGAUGCACUUGACAAUUCACCUAGCUCGAGAAGUGCGAUUAUGUGGACCUGUACAAUAUCGUUGGAUGUAUCCAUUUGAAAGGUAUAUGAAGACAUUCAAAGAAUAUGUAAAGAAUUAUGCACAACCUGAAGCUUGUAUAGCCGAGUGUUAUCUUGGAAUGGAGAGUGUUAGGUAUUUUGAUAUUCGUAAGGCCCAAGCAGCUGAAACAGGAGUAGAGCAAAGGCGUAACGAAAACACUCAAAAUGGUUCCACACCGGCAGCACGUCCUCUUUCUAAAGGUGUCCAAGUGCGUAUGGAUAGUGAGAAGUUAAAGAUAGCUCACAGAUAUGUGCUUUUUAACACACCCGAAAUUGACCCAUAUAUGAUGUUUAUUACGAAGGAUGUUAAGAGAGUCACACAAAACAGUGGAGUUUCAAUUGAAUCAACAACCUUAGUUGCAGGAUUGUCAGAAACUAGUGGGUUCUAUGGUGUUUUAGAAGAAAUUCUAUUGUUGGACUACAAUCAUAUGUUUCAAAUUCCAAUAUUCAAAUGUGAUUGGGCUCACACCAAUUUUGGUGUGAAGGUAGAAGAUGGCUUUACAUUAGUCAAUUUAAAGCAGCAUAAGAACCAAUACUGUAACGAUCCAUUCAUUUUAGCAAAGCAAGCGCGACAAGUUUUCUAUUCUCGAGAGUCAAAUACAUCUAACUGGUAUGUGAUGGUGAAACCACCGCCCAGGGGUUUCCAUGAAUUAGAGGAAUACAAUGAAAAGCAUGACACAAUUUUCCAACCAGUGGAUAUUUCAACUCUUGGUUUCCAAAUGGAUGACGAGAACGAGAGUUACUUAAGAGAAGAUGGGGAAUAUACCAUAGUGGUUCCGACAAAGAAGAAGAACAAAAAAAGAAGAAAAGAAGUUCACAAGUUAGAUCAGUAG